UCCGUGACGCUAAGCAAAACAAACAACACAAAGCACCUUUGUGGAAGCUUCCAUGCAAAUGAAGCAGUGGCUUUACUUCAAUAAUGUUUCAUUAGAAUCGGUCAUCGAUGGAGUCCUAAAGAGAGACUGAGGUGUUUCAGCAGUUAACAAACAGUUAAUUCAGUAAAUCAAACUGAGAAGUUUCUUGGAAAGCAAGCACGGAAGGGAGCAAUGGAUUCCUGGCGACAACAACAUCCGAUCAAAAAUGAAGACGAGGCGUUAGCCAAGGCACUUGAGCUUUCUCUUCUGGAGCAACAGGGGAGCCAAGGAGCACAGAGAAGAUCAACAGUUAAGCUGUGUCAGACUGAAGUUGAACGAACAGCUCAAGCUUCGGGUCCAGAUUUCAAGAGGAAAAAAGGCUCGCAAACUGGAUCCAGGAGGGCAACUCCACUUUGCCUACCAAACAACUUGAAAUGGGAUUCGAGUUCAGGCAAAUGCAUCCAAACAGGACAAAGGCGAACCUCAUUGUAUGUGAUGGAUGAAGCACUUGAAGAUCUCCGGAGGAUUAGAGGUCCAGUAUGUGUGGUGUCUAUAGCCGGGCCAUACAGGAAAGGAAAGUCAUUUGUGCUCAGCGAGGCGUUCAAUCAACCACAAGUUUUCCCUCUUGGGCAUCACAUGGAAGCGGAAACCAUGGGAAUCUGGUCGUGGAUUGUGCCGGAAAAGUUCAGGGAUGCUAAAGGCCAGGAAUUCACAGUAGUGUUGCUAGAUUCUGAGGGAAUUGAUGCCGCAAAUGGGCAAGGACUUGAUGAUAACCAGAUCUUCACUUUAAUGGUCUUGUUAGCCUCAGUUUUGAUCUACAAUUCACAAGGCGUUCCAACCAGACGUGAUCUUGAAGGACUUGAUUUCAUUGCGAAACUAUCUCAACGUAUUGAGAUGCGAUCAACAACAAGGCAGGAUACCAGGAGGAACCAUCGUGACUCAGAGUAUUUCCAUAAGACCUUUCCUUUCUUCAUUUGGUUACUUAGGGACGUUACUCAAGCCAUUCCAAGAGACUGCAUCGACAUUAAGGACUACUUUCUGAAAAAGCUAUUUCAAGUCCAAAACUCAUCAGUUGUUGGCCAAGAAAGUGGGAAAGUUGCUGAAAGCAUCUUGAGCUUCUUUCCCGGUUUCGAAGCAUUCGCUUUACCUCCUCCCACGACAGACAUCGAGGUGCUAAGAAGUAUCCAUGCCAACAAAAGCCUCAUCAAUCCUUCUUUCCUCAGUGGGAUGGAAGAUUUUAAAGAUUUGGUAAGGCGAGUUCUGCUCCCCAAAAAGAGCAUUAACGUUGGAGAAUCUGUCACUGGAGAAGGCCUUGCAGCACUGGUAGAGCUCUACGUCCAAGCCAUCAACACCCCUGGUAUGGUUCCGAAUGUUCAGAACGCCUGGGAUCAGUUUUUGGAGACGAAAUGUUCUGACGCAAUGAAAUAUGCACUUGAUGCUUAUGAAGCCACCAUGGCAUUACAACUGAAGGAUAAGCUGCCGUGUGAUAAUGACCGACUGCGAAAUAAUCAUGCAAUGGUAUUGGAGAACAGUGAAGCCCAUUUAAAGGUAGACACUAAAGGACUAUCCAUCAACACGAUUGAGAAGUUUUUGGAAAAUAUGAAGAUGGAAAUGCUACGUGAAAUGCAAGAGGAGAUAAAGAAAUUCCGCGAGCAGAUGGAUAAUGAUCUUCGAGCCCAUAGAGAACAAAUGAAAAAAAUGAUGGAGGCAAACAUGCAACAAGCACAGAAAGAAAGAGAGCAGGAACUUAGAAAUCAGAUCCUGGAAAUGCAGAAAAUCAACGAGGAAACCCUCAAGAUGAUAAAGAAGCUUUCUGACUUGGUUGUAAGGCAAGAGGAUAGAAGACUUGAUGAGGAAAUGCAAAGAACUCGAGCUACCAUGGAGAAAAAGGAGAUGCUGGAACAGAUGGAAGCAAAGCACCAAGAAGAAAAGGAAAGGCUACGUUGUGAAAUGGAGGCAAAGAUUGAGUAACAACGCCAAGCUUUGACUGAAGAAUACCAAGAUGCUUCUAAGUCUCGAAAGCAAAGGAUGGACGAAGUGGAUCAAGAGCUAGAACAAGUUGUAGAGGAGCUAAAGUGAGUCAAGAAAGCAGGUUUUAUACGAUUGGCUGCUACAAAAGUAAAAGAUUUUUUGGUUACUGGAGCUCGAAAAGUAAAGUAGAACUACCUAAUAAUAGUAAUAAUGACAAUGUCUUAAUUCGAUCAAAGGAUAAAAGCACAUUUCCUAUGUAACAAAUUAAAAUCUAAAGCUUACAAAGUAUAAAAGAUGUAGACCCCCCUCUCUGAUACUAAAUUAUAUUUAACUUGAAUACUUAUCUAUUUUCAUAGGAACUCAUAAAGCGCACCGCAUUGAUCUUAGGUUUUUAUAGAGGUUUUCCCUCUAAGGUUAUAAUGGGUAGAUUUGAUUCUAGGUAGAAAAGACAGGAGGGGAUGAUUUACAGUGUUAGAUACUAUCUUGAAAAGGUUACGAUCAUGUGUUUCUAGAAGGUUGUGAACAUUGAUAUGUUUAGAACAGAACUUUCAUUUAAAACAGCCAUAAAGGAAACAUGGUACAGUGGAGAGGUCAGAUUCCAAGGCACCAUAAUUAUCUAGGGCGUAUAGAA